GGGGGGGGGGGGACCUAUUGAGAGAGCGAAUAGGGGAAAGGGACUGGAAGAGGAUAAUAGUAUUUAAAACUUAAAGCACCCAGAUCAUCUGUCAGCAACAUUAAACGGUCAGGGUUCUUUCUCUCUCUCUGCUGGUAUACUGCUGUAAGUGACUCAGGAGAGCGUAUUAGACCUGUGUUAAUGCCUCCACACCACUCCGUGAGCUGCCGCGUCUAACCAGGUCCUAGUGCAGACCUCCAAGAUGCUCAAGAAAAGGAGACAGAGCCUCUUCCCCAACUACAAAGUGGGGGGGACAGGCCCCACAUACACGGACCCAGAGGAGGACUACAAUAUUCCCUUCACCCAGAACAACUUGGUGAAACCAUGGAACUCCAUGCAAGAACUCAGCCGAGACAUCUACGCAGAGUACAAAGAUGAGGAAGAUGUAAUGGCAUACCUGACAAGAGGCCUCUCCUUUCCUGCGAAGAACCUCAUGCUGAACAUCAACGUGGGUGGGACAGUGUAUCAGAUCUCCUACAGGGUGGCUGCCAAGUAUCCCAAGACCAGGAUCGGCCGCCUGGCGACAUACACAGACCACAACAGGAAACUGGACCUGUGUGACGACUAUAUUGUCCAGAACAACGAGUUCUUCUUCGACAGAGACCCGGACAUCUUCCACAACAUUUUCAACUUCUACCGGACGGGUGUCCUCUGGAUCAAGGACGAGCUGUGUCCCAGGAACUUCCUGGAGGAGAUAAACUACUGGGGCGUGAGGAUCAAGAACGCACACCGCUGCUGCCGAAUCUCCUUCGAGGAGCGCCAGGACGAGCUCAGUGAGCAGCUGAAGAUCCAGCGGGAGCUGGAGGCAGAGGUGGAGAUGGAGGAGAAUGAGGAGUUGUUCCACGGGAUGGCGUUGGGCCAGACGCGUCGCAUCAUCUGGAACCUGAUGGAGAAGCCCUUCUCUUCGGUCACCGCCAAGCUCAUGGCUGUAGCCUCCAGCUUCUUCGUGCUGAUGUCCCUGGUGGCCAUGACGCUGAAUACGGUGGAGGAGAUGCAGUAUACCACCACCGCGGGACAGCUGAGUGGGAAGACCUAUGGGGAGUAUGUGGAAACCUUCUGCAUCGCUUUCUUCACCAUGGAAUACCUGAUGCGUCUGGUGUCCACCCCGGACCUGCCGCGCUUCGGGAAAAGCGUCCUGAACGGGGUGGACCUGAUCGCUAUCUUACCCCUCUACCUGCAGCUGGUGCUGGAGUGCUUCGAGACCGACAACUACGGGAAGCACCAAGACAUCGAGACGGUGGGCCGGGUGGGCAAAUUAGGCCAGGUUUUGAGAAUCAUGCGUCUGAUGAGGAUCUUCCGUGUCUUGAAGCUGGCCCGUCACUCUACGGGGCUGAGGGCAUUUGGCUUCACGCUGCGCCAGUGCUACCAGCAAGUGGGCUGCCUCUUACUCUUCAUCGUCAUGGGAAUCCUCACCUUCUCUGCCAUGGUGUACACUGUAGAGCAUGAUGUCCAUCAGACCAACUUCACCAGCAUCCCUCAGGCAUGGUGGUGGGCAGCUGUGAGCAUCUCUACUGUGGGCUAUGGAGACAUGUUUCCAGAGACCAUCCUGGGCCGGCUGUUUGCUUUCACCUGCAUCUCCUUUGGGGUCAUUUUGAACGGCAUGCCCAUUUCCAUCCUGUACAAUAAGUUCUCAGACUACUACACCAAGCUGAAGUCUCAGGAGUUCACCUCCACAGUGAAGGCUCGGGGCAAGGUCAGGUUCGCCAAGAGGGCGGCCAGGAAGUUAACCAAAUACUGUCCAUAGACACACUGGUGAAUGUUCUAAGAGCACUAUGAGAGACUUUCCAUUCAAUUAAGUUAUUUUGUGACUUACGCCACUACCAAGUGGGGUUCCCAGGGACCUGGAGGUACUAUGCAUCUAUGUUUUACUGUAUAAAUGGUUAAAUUCAGGUUUUAGAAAUGGAUUCUCCUAUCAAUAUGAUUUUUAUUGCAUGCAUAGUUUCAUUGCCAAACAGAUUUGUGUAUGCAACUACAUGCUUGGAUAUUAAUGCUCCCAAGGAGGGGAGUGCAACCUUGCAUUGUAGCAAAAAUACUGCUGACAAAGUAAUAUCAUUAUUCUUUCCUAAUGUUUUCCAUCUAAAGUGAUCCUUCAACUACACGUGAGAUUUAGAAUCAACGACUUCAUACAGAAGAAAUGAGGCCUUUGAAAGAAAUACAGUUGAAGUGGGAAGUUUACAUACACCUUAGCCAAAUACAUUUAAACUCAAGUUUUUUACAAUUCCUGACACUUAAUCAAAGUAAAAAUUCCCUGUCUUAGGUCAGCUAGGAUCACCACUUUAUUUUAAGAAUGUGAAAUGUCACAAUAAUAGUAGUAAGUCGCUCUGGAUAAGAGCGUCUGCUAAAUGACUUAAAUGUAAUGUAUUUCUUUGAUCACAUUCCCAGUGGGUCAGAAGUUUACAUACAGUCAAUUAGUAUUUGGUAGCAUUGCCUGUAAAUUGUUUAACUUGGGUCAAAUGUUUCAGGUAACCUUCCACAAGCUUCCCACAAUAAGUUGGGUGAAUUUUGGCCCAUUCCUCCUGACAAAGCUGGUGUAACUGAGUCAGGUUUGUAGGCCUCCUUGCUCGCACACACUUUUUCAGUUCUGCCCACAAAUGUUCUAUAGGAUUGUCAGGGCUUUGUGAUGACCACUCCAAUACCUUGACUUUGUUGUCCUUAGGCCAUUUUGCCACAACUUUGGAAGUAUGCUUGGGGUCAUUGUACAUUUGGAAGACCCAUUUGCGACCAAGCUUUAACUUCCUGACUGAUGUCUUGAGAUGUUGCUUCAAUAUAUCCACAUAAUUUUCCAUCCUUAUGAAGCCAUCUAUUUUGUGAAGUGCACCAGUCCCUCCUGCAGCAAAGCACCCCCACAACAUGAUGCUGCCACCCCCGUGCUUCAUGGUUGGGAUGGUGUUCUUCGGCUUGCAAGCAUCCCCCUUUUUCCUCCAAACAUAACGACGGUCAUUAUAGCCAAACAGUUUUUGUUUCAUCAGACCAGAGGACAUUUCUCCAGAAAGUACGAUCUUUGUCCACAUGCAGUUGCAAACCAUAGUCUGGCUUUUUUAUGGCGGUUUUGGAGAAGUGGCUUCUUCCUUGCUGAGCGGCCUUUCAGGUUAUGUCGAUUUGGACUCGUUUUACUGUGGAUAUAGAUAAUCUUGUACCCGUUUCCUCCAGUAUCUUCACAAUGUCCUUUGCUGUUCUGGGAUUGAUUUGCACUUUUCGCACCAAAGUACGUUCAUCUCUAGGAGACAGAACGUGUAUCCUUCCAGAGCGGUAUGACGGCUGCGUGGUCCCAUGGUGUUUAUACUUGCAUACUAUUGUUUGUACAGAUGACUGUGGUAGCUUCAGGCUUUUGGAAAUUGCUCCCAAGGAUGAACCAGACUUGUGGUCUACAAUUUAUUUUUCUGAGGUCUUGGCUGAUUUCUUUUGAUUUUCCCAUGAUGUCAAGCAAAAAGGCACUGAGUUUGAAGGUAGGCCUUGAAAUACAUCCACAGGUACACCUCCAAUUGACGUCAUGGCUUUAGAAGCUUCUGAUAGGCUAAUUGACAUAAUUUUCUUGAAUUUUCCAAGCUGUUUAAAGGCACAGUCAACUUAGUGUACGUAAUCUUCUGAUCCCCUGGAAUUGUGAUACGUGAAUAAGUGAAAUAAUCUGUCUGUAAACAAUUGUUGGAAAAAUUACUUGUCAUGCACAAAGUAGUCGUCCUAACCGACUUGCCAAAACGAUAGUUUGUUAACAAGAAAUUUGUGGAGAAGUAGUAAAACGAGUUUUAAUGACUCUAACCUAAGUGCAUGUAAACUUCUGACUUCAACUGUAUUUGUAUACCACACUAUUCACCUCCAGUCCUUAUGGCCAUGUUAUCCCAACAAGAAGACAUAAUCCACUGCAGACCGGCACCCGGUCGGGUCUGAAAUAAUAUGUUCAAAAUGCAACAUCUGGAUGAAUUUGCGGACAGGUUAAAUACUCUGCCCCUCUGGGUAUCUGGAAGAUUUUAUCUUUCCAAAGCGGAUUUAUGAAUAUGGAAGCAGCUUGCAAUGUUUCAGCACUAGAAGAUUAAAAAGAGUAGGUCACUGAUCAUGUGUGUUUGGAAAACAUAAAGUACUCUCAGAUAAGCAAACAUUUUCUUCUGGAAAAUGUUUGUUGAUAAACUGUGUGUCACUCACAAGGUUCACCAGCCACCUGGACAUUGAUACUGUAUUUCAACUUUGGACGUUUCGCUAAAAAGAGCAUCAAAAUAACAGCACAGCUCUCAAUGUUGAUUUGAUUCCCAAAUUGUCUUCACUGGUCAACAAAAUCCUCAAAGGUAGUGCAAGUCUGACUACCGCCAUGAGCCUAAACCUCCCAAAUAGUGGCCACACAGGCAGAAAUGGAUAAUCCUCUAAACUGAUUAGAAGAAUGUGAGGUCUCUGGAAGAAAUAAGCCGUUUCGUCUGACUGGGUCUGUCCGGAUCAGACACCAGAACAGAUGGAACCUGAGCAGGGCCCACUAAAUUAAUUUGCUAGUGAGCAUGCAGGCUUCCAUCAUAGAUGAACAGGCUACGAGCAGACUACCAGACCGGGCCACGGCUUGGUGACUUAACGUGGCAUAAAGGUGACGACACACACAAACCAUCAGGGUUAUCAUUUUACAGAUAAAAAAAUAUAUAUAUUGAAAUUUUCUUACUGACUUUCUCUGCCAAUGGAUAGUUCGUGUUGCAAUAAAAUGUUUUAUUAUAAUUCA